ACGAAACAACAACAUACCAAGGAAUGGUGGUGCCCUAAAAUACGGCUGAAAGACAGCAGCACAGAGCAAGCUCUCCCACUGCUUCUGCUGAUGCUGCUGCCAACCUUUAUAUAGUUGAUCUCAAAGUUGAUGUAUCCACCUUGGAGAAUCGUCUGAGCAGAGAUGAAGGAUGGAACCAUUAGGACAGCCAAGUGUAGAGUGUAUCAGGUUGUGUCCUUGGCAGUGUCAGCAGCACUCCCACCGCCAUCGCAAGCCCUCCCACUGCUUCCGCUGACACUGCUGCCAACCUGGCGUGAAGAGUCCCGAAGACGGGUGGACCCUCCGCUGUCAAAGCCAACUCGGAAGACCGCGAAAACGAGGGAGCUGAACGUGGUCGUGACACAGGCACAGAGUGUACUACAGCAAUCUGUCUUUCCUACUGCGGCAAUGACGACGCUGCUGCUGCUACUGCCGCUGUUGCUCCAGCUGGCCGCCCAGGGAGCCGCUACCACUUGUCCGCCGCCCGGAUUGGUGAAGAUUGAAUCGCUCAGCUGUGCAGGCAGCGGCUGUCCUCCCGGGACUGCUUUCGGCUACAUCUCGAACGACGGUCAGGCGCUGACGGUCGCGUUCAGCAAGUUCUACGCUUCCACGGACGAAUUGCUGGCGGCCCGGAGACACAGCUGCGUGGUAAGGGUCAAGCUGAGCUAUCCGGAAGAAUUUUUCGUGUCGGUGGGGACGGUCACAACGAGCGGGUACAUGCAGCUUGAUGCGGGCACCGUGGCGACCAUUCAGACGUGGUACUACUUCUCCGGGCUGCCAGGGACGGCUCGCUUCGUGCGCAACUUCACAGGAGAAGUCGAGGAGCACUUCAAGGUCACGGACAAGUUCCUCACCCUGAUUUACAGCAGCUGCGGCGUGUCCAGGGACCUCAUUCUCGGCUUGGAAGCCCGGCUGACCCCUGGCCCCGGGUAUCCGUCCGAGGGUAACGGAUUUGUUGGAAGUGGCUCCGUGGAUUGCUACUUCAACCAAGUCUGGAAUCUCGUCUGGGGAAAAUGCUAAGCAAUGGCAGAGGACCAGGGAGAUGUGUUCGAGUACAAUUUUCAAAGCAGGUUGCCAGAGAAAAAGUGGUUAUUUGCGAUGCUCCUGCUAUCCACAAUAGCGUUUCUGUAUC